AUGGCGACUGCUAAUGAGAUGGAACCUAUGCUGAAUAUGGGGAAACUUUCUUCUCAGUCUAGUAGAACGGAAUUGUUUGCUUUUGACGAAGAAACAACGGAUGUCGUUCUUUGCGUUGAGGACAAAAAAUUACACCUUUCUCGGGGAGUUUUAAUCCAAGCUUCUCCAGUUUUUCGAAAAAUGCUGGCCCCGGAUGGAAAGGAAACACAAAAUGAAGUUACUCUUCCCGAUAAACCUCACGAGGAGAUUGUGCUCUUCCUUCGAUGUGUCUGUCCUAUGGAAUAUGUUAAAUUGAAUGAAGGCAUCAUUGAUGUGGUUUUGCCAUUGGCCAAAGAAUAUCAAGUCAACUCACUACUACAGAAAUGUGAGGACUGGCUUUUGACUGAAAUUGAGUUCAUUGUUGGUAAAGUUGCUGGGCAUGUGAAGGAGACCCAAACAAUGGUGGAAUUUUUUGCAAAAUGUCUGCUUUAUGGGACAAAAAAUGAAUUGGAAAGUCUGUAUAAUAGGGCAUUUGAAUUACUUGUACCAUACAAUCUGAUUAGAUACCAAAACACAAAAUUCUACAAGCUCUUGCCUGAUAAAAUAAAAUGGCAGCUUCUGGAGGCCCGAUUAGUAAAAAUCGAAAAAACACAGUGCAUCGGUGAUGGAUCCUUCCCAGAAGAGGAUGAGUAUGUGUCUGAAGUGGAGGGGGUUUUGAUGGAAAGUCCAUGUGUGAUCGCGAAUGACCCGAUAUUUACUACUCAACAAACACCAACAACAUUUACUCUUGGUUUUCCUUCACAGGCGCAAGCACGAAAACUGAAUCCACAUCUUUAUGGAACAUACCUAAAAUAG